CCUGUAUUGACCGUAACAGCUGCUUAACGAACCGGUUUCAAGGUUUACCGGCACAUACUCAUUUUCUGCGAAAUUGUUGAUUGAAGAUGGACGUUGAUACUGUGUGGAAAUAAUAAUAUUCAAGAUAUUUAUCAAAAUGAAGUGUCUUGUAUUCAUUUGUGUUGCAUCUCUGCUAACUUUGGUGACAUGUGCCUCCGGAGCAGUAACCCGAGAAAAGCAGUCAGCGACGCAAGAUGUGACUGACAAGUUUGAAAAUAUCAACGCUCUUAGACCAAGACGACAAGCUUUGGACACGGUUGAAAUAGUCUACAUCGAUGCCGCAGACUUAGAUCCAUCGAAAGUAAAUUUACAAAAUAAGGAGACUACUCGUCUACAACCAGUUAACGAUUUGAAUAAUCUCCAAUCUAUGUAUAAGUUCCAAUCAGCACCAGACUCAAAACUAGAACUGGUCACACAAAAUUCCAAUUUCGCAGUAUACAAACUGAAGGAUGGAGAUGAGAAAACACCACAAGCUUCUAACAAUCAGUAUUUCCGUUAUAAUAAUGGGCAGAAUUUGGUCGAAGACAGAGAACCUCCGCCGCCACCACCACCGGACCACCACCAUCCACCACCGCCUCCCCCGCCACCCCAUCACCAUCACCCACCCCCUCCUUAUGGUUAUCCCCCUCCCCCACACCAUCACCAUCCUCCACCACCUCCUGACUACUAUGAUCAAUAUAAUUCCUAUCAUGACGAUUAUUAUAACAGACCUCCUCCUCUAAACGAUGUUAGAAGAAUUUAUGAUGACAGACAGACAAGACAAUCACCAAAUGAUCGACCACAUCGGUAUGAACCACCGCCGUAUCGUGGUGGACCUCCUGACAGACCUUAUGGCAGACCACCUCCACAUCACGGACCGCCUGAUCGCUUUGAUGGUAGACCACCACACCAUGGCGGUCCUCCUGGCCGUUUUGAUGGUAGACCACCGAACCACGGUGGCCCACCGGACAGGUUUGAUCAUAGGCCUCCACACCACGGUGGACCGCCAGACAGAUUUGAUAGAAGACCACCCCCUCACCAUGGCGGACCACCACCCUAUAAUGAUCCAUGGUCAAACCAUCCAAGACCACCACCCCCUCCGGAUGAUGGUGGACAACCUAAUGAAAAAGAAAAUGAAAACUACCAAAAUGAUUAUACUACUUCCACUACCACGACUACCACUGUUGCUCCAGAUGACGACGAUCAGUACCAAAUCGAUGUAAGAUUUGCUGAUGAUGAGAAAAUACCAGCGGAUGAAACGAUAAAGAAAGUCAGGAAUCCUAAAAGAGGAGCUGUCACCACCCAACCUAUUCUUUCUCGUCUAUUUCAAGCCGCUGCUGUUACUCCAGCCGAGUGAUUCUAUUUUUGCAUGUUCUUGUAUUCCUCAAAGUAUUAUUUACACUAAUAAAUACAAUUGUAUCUAGUUAACUGGUGAUUGUUAACUCGGUUUCCUAUAAUUGUUAGAAUUUUAUAUAAAAAUAUAUUGAUUGAAUGUUAUUGCUGUUUGAUUCCUCCUAUUGAAUUUAGUCACGUUCUACAACUCAAUAUGAAGAACAUUAAUAAUACAUGCAUAGUAAACGUACGCGUACUAAUAAUAAAAUACAAAAAAGCAAACAUGGUACUGUUUUUAUCAAAGCAACCCAUCCAUGUCAAUCCUUGUCGAGUUUUUUGCUCCUCUAUGAUUAAUAUACUACAUCUUACGUACAUGACGUUUGAAGAAUGGUACUUAUGAUUGGCAUUAAUGUUUUUUGUGUUAUUUACAGAGAAGCGGUCGCCUAUGGGCCCACCUGCAAAUAGAGGACCACCAGCUAACAGGGGCCCACCUCCAAAUCGAGGACCUCCUCCGAACAGAGGACCUCCUCCAAACAGAGGACCACCAAACAAGGGACCCCCGCAAAACCAGUAUUACGAACAAGGCCCUGCACCUGGAUAUGAUGGUUCACCAAACAACAAUGUUGUUACAGAAGGUUAUCAAAAUCAAGUCACAAAUAAACCACAACAGAAUGCAAACAAGGAUCAAAUUGUUGCCGUUCUUCAAGAAUAUCUAGGUGACCGUUAUAAUGGCGAUACUACUGGAAAACCAUCAAUUAGUUCUGGUUCAGCCUACCCAAUAUUUCAAGCAGUAGCUGUAACUCCUGAAGAAUGAUUAACAAAUUUUACCCAGUUUACUAUUUCACGUGUGGUUUCAGCAAUGACGGCCACUAACUUCAAUGAAAAUCUAAUGAGAGAAAGAGACUGAAGGAAAUAAGUAAACAUUUCAAGUAUCAAUCUACAGAUCGACUGCCAUAUUAAUAUUAUAGUUACUUUUGUAUUUAUUGAUUUUACAAUUUAAUUCAAUUUUGUUAAGACCAGAAAUUUUAAAACUCUCAGCUUAAAAAAAUAUAUUUCAAAAUUCUAUAAAGAUAGAUCAUUUUGCUUA